AUGAUGGUGCCCGGGGCGAGGAGGAAGCUGCAGAACUUCAUCCAGAAGCAUGAGGGUGCCAUAGCAGUCAAUCCUCAUGCGCCGGGUAGUCCCCCCCUCCAGGCAGUCACUCAGACGGCUGGCCCUGCCGCCUCGCCCCUGAUCUCCCGUCUGGAUCGUCAAGCCGCCGCCGACGCCCUCAACCCAAUGCAGGUUUCCAAGCCAUCGGGCCUGGGAGAGAGUGUGCAGCUUUCUCUUGGUCCACCCCAAGCCGAUGAUCUGAUCGAGCGGCAAAGAAAUGACGGUGGAGGGGCAAUGCCCGGCUGGGAAUCGGUGCCGGAGGAGCUGCAUGAGGAAGGCGGGCUGCGAGAGCAAUGGGAUGAACAAUCCAACAUCAACUCCUUAUUCUCCGAAAGCGAGCUCGUCCGGCCAGCAUCAUCGCAGUACCCUAAUCAUCAUGGCGAUCAUGAAGACGAUGCUAGCUCUGAUGUCGUCGACAACCGUCAACCUCCGCGACGAGGUCGGAACGCCCACCGGAGUGCUGAGAGUGCCCCGAUUUUUGAGUACCAGAAUGGUCAAUUGGUGGUUCCUUCAGUUCAAGGAAAGGGAUUUAGCACCAGCAUGAUAACCCAUGCACCGACAAACCCCAGAGCAGACGCACCUCGAUUUCGAAGAAACCCUUUUGGCAGCACGUCAGACGAGUCGAGUCCCCGGCCUCAGAGAGAGCCUUCGUUCUUGCACUCAGCCUUUCCCGUUCGUGGAACUGAGGAGCUUAAGAGACCUCCUCGCUUCGAACGGUCUUCGCUUCCUAAGGAAACGUCGAGGCGAAUUUCUCCCGAAAAGUACAACAACGCUCGUGAUGCCAUCCAACCUGACGUAUACUUCCCGCCUGCCAAAGAGUUCGCUCCCGGUGCCCGGCGCCCAACCGGAUUCCAGACUAUCGGAAACCCUGCUCUAGACUGGGAUGCAGAUGAUAGUGACAUCCAUUCCCAAGGAGAUGAUUUCCCAGAUCAGGACCAGCAGCACACCCCAAAGGCAACCCGGCAACGCGUUGUACCCGAUGAUGCGACAGUGGUACUCAACCCACCAAAGCCUGUGGUGGCGCAGAAACCUCAGAAAACGGUCACAAUACAAGAUGACGCCUUGCUAGGAAGUCCCAUCCGUGAGGCCCUUCUCGGUCAACGGAUUUCCCCGGCCAAAAAGCGACUUCGUGGCAUCGAUUAUGACGAGGAAGUUUUGCGGAAAAUGAACUUUGCGGAUUUACAGAACGAACCCUUCGAUCAUGAUCCCACCAGACAAGUAAUAACGUCACCAGCGAAACCUCCGGCUAACAACCUCAACGACCGACUCGAGUUCUACAGAAGCAAGGACGAGGAAUCUCAGGGUCAGCUCUUCACCCAGAUGGCCGUGCGCGAGUGGGAUGACAGCGGCGACUGGUUUCUGGAACGAUUCAGCAACAUUGUCACGAAGAUGAAAGAGGCGCGUCAGGCGAAGCGCAAGAUCGUUGAGCAGUACGAGACUCAGAUUUCAGAGCGCGAGGAAGAAGUACGCCGCAAGAAAGAGAACAUAGACCGCAAGCUGUCCAAGCUGAAGCAUGACAGCAGUGCGAUGUUGAAGGGCAGCGAGUCCAGUGAUUAG